AUGGAAGUGAUGGAAAUCGCUGGAAAAUAUCCACUAAGAGCUCCAACAACUCUUGCUCUCGAAAUGGAGUUCAUAGGGGUUGGAUGGAUUAGUUUGGGCAAUGAUCCUAUGGCCUCCAAGGUUGUUAGUGUACCAUCCUAUCAUUUACUUCAAGCCGGAUUCUGGUGGCCAAGCCUUUUCAAAGACACUCACGACUUCAUUGCAAGGUGUGAUAGAUGCCAACGAGAAGGGAGCAUUUCCAAGCGCAAUGAAAUGCCACAAAACCCGAUACUUGAGGUGGAAGUGUUUGAUGUAUGGGGCAUCGACUUCAUGGGCCCUUUCGAGCCACCUUCUCACGGGAAUAGAUACAUCCUGUGGCGGUUGACUAUGUGUCCAACGAUGGAGGAAGCCACUUUAUCAACAAAGUCUUCGAGAACUUGGAAGAAGUAUGGAGUCAAGCAUAAGGUAGCGACACCAUACCAUCCUCAGACAAGUGGUCAAGUGGAAGUGUCGAACAAGCAGAUAAAGGGGAUCCUCAGGACGAUUGUGGGAGUGACCAAGAAGGACUGGGCAGUUAAGUUGGACGACGCUCUCUGGGCUUACAGGACCGCCUAUAAGACGCCAAUAGGAAGGACGCCUUUCUCGCUCCUUUACGGGAAAUCGUGUCACCUUCCGGUGGAGAUUGAGUACAGAGCACUUUGGGCAAUCAAACUGCUCAACUUCGACAUCAGGUCUGCCCAAGAGAAGAGGGGUUUCGACUUACAUGAGUUGGAAGAGAUCAGGCUGGACGCAUAUGAGAGCUCCAAGAUUUACAAAGAACGGACUAAGGCAUUUCACGACAAGAAAAUUGUGCCUAAGUCUUCAAGGUUGGAGAAUAUGCGCUGCUUUUCAACUCAAGAGCUAAGUUGUUCCCUGGGAAGCUCAAGUCCAAGUGGUCGGGCCCGUUUGAGAUUAAGGAAGUCCUUCCUUAUGGAGCUGUCACUUUGCUCAACCAGAAUGGCGAGGAGUUCACGGUGA